CACUCCACAAACAGCGAGUACGGACGGACGGACUGCGGACUUCCCUUAGGAACUCCUUAAAGUCUGCGAAGAUCUGCCGAGGGAGAGAGACACGUCAUGGCCGGGGAUUUUGCCGCCCGCUUCUAUUCCUUCACUGUCCUUUCCUUGCCUGAGGAGGAUGCAGCGAAUUGCUUGUCCUGACUUCGUAUGCCAUCGCAGCUCGCCAUGGUGAUGUCGCGGACACCGGCUUUGUCCUCUUGUGUAUUCAGGGUUCCAGCCCUCGAGCUCGGGCUGGAAGGUGCGUCUCUCUCGUGCCGGUCGGGUCUUCUCCGGACCUGAUCCACUCCUGUCCUGCUGCUGCUGCCCUCGGCCUCGGCCUCGGCCUCCAUUCUUCUUCGUUUCCUUCCUCUGUCUGCGCUCUCUCGAGUUACAGCUCCUGCUGGUCAGGACUGUAACUCGUGCACAGUUUUUCUGGUGCUUUCCUCCGUCUCCCCAUCGUGACCACGGGAAGCUCAAGUCGAAGCUGAAGGUGAAGCUCCGACCCGCUUCUUCUUAUUAUUACUCCACACCACUCUCGUCUGUGAUUCGUCUUCCGCCCGAGGUUUCGCUCUCGGAAGAAUCUCCUGCCGGGGACUGCCAGAGAGAUUUGCUGACGCGCUCCCUUGACUUUCUCUAAAGUCUUCUACUUUCUCCACUCCACUUUCUCUCUUCUCUCUCUCUCCUCUCUCUCUCUUCUCUCUCGAUCUCAUAUACUUCGCAGUAUAUUAGCACCAACUACCGGUUGCUGGCAGAACAGUCACUCUCGUCCUCAUCCUUUUCUUCUCGACAAAGCGCACUGCAUUUUGUACACACAAAUCUCGUCACAGCUUCUGGCAUUGCACGGCCUGUUGGUUUGGUUUGGUUUGUCUUUUCUGUCAGUCAGUCUUCCGGCGACUCCAAUCAGCGAAGAAACGCGAGAGUAGAGGAGAGGAGAGUGCAGGGCAUGUUGUCGCCCGUCGGGCGUAUCCGCUCGUCGUCACUAUGAACGCCUGCUGCGCGAUGUGGGGGGAGGUGAAAUUUGUGGGACAGGCAAGAAUGGUAGCGCUGGUGGUGGAGACGCAGGUCAGCUCGACGUCGAGCUAUGUCGAAGCGCUGAAUUUCUCUCUUGCCGAUCCGGAGUGAAAUUCAAUGCCGGGACAACGAGUAGUCGGGCUGAGAAUCACGUGCUCGUUCCGGAACCGUGCAACGAGUGAAUGCUGGUGUUCCCAGGCGACGGGGCGGCGGAGCUGAAGCCGAAGCUUCUGAGCAUUAUGCUGACGGCGACGUGCUAACUAGACCAGGGAGAAAAGAAUGGAGGCCGGGACGCAGGGAUGGGGAGCGGUAUAUCAAAAUCGGCCUAGAACCAUCCCCUCUCCAUGGGAACAAGACUCCCAGACAUCGAUGCCAGCAGCAGCAGCGGCCACAGGCACACCUCUCGAGUUCGCAGCACUGUCGCCGCACAGCAGCAGCACCAACGACAUUAACAAUUUGGGCUACGGGGGCUACCUGGACAGCGAUUCGGCCUCCAGCUCGCCUCUGGAAGCUCUGUAUCGCAGAACAGCCUCGCUGGGAAAUCUGUACGCGUCCGGCCACUCUCCAUCUCCGAGUCACGGGCAUAUCUCCCCUCAGGGCUCCCCGCUGGGCUUCAAUGCCGAUGGAACGCCGAGGAGACAAUCUCUGUCUGGCCCUCUCCCCGCCGUGGGCGGCGAGUACUCAUCCCUCGGAUACAUUCGUCGACCUUCUCUAUCAGGCCCGCUCCCCAAUUCAUCCCCGAGCAACAAUCCUUACCUCUCGCCCUCGGACGAAAUGCCGCCCCUCGUCCGCACUCCUCCGCCCUGGAGCGAGUUCCACAUGAAGGACCGAGCAUCGGGCGGCACCAACCCGUAUCUGAAUCCGCAGAUGUUCCAUAGCCCGAGCGAGAGUGUGUCCCCGAGCGCGAGCCUCAGCCCCAGCAGUCUCCCUCGACCUCCUCUCGCUCAGAGCUACGGCGGCAGUGGCAGCCCCAGCCCGUCCAGCGCUCCGAGACCUGCCGGGGCUUUCAAGCUCAGCAAUGGUGGUGCCAAUGCCGCAUCAGAUCCCUUCUCCACCCUCUCGCCUCUCAAUUCGCCAGCGGGUUCCAAUUCCGGCUCGCCUAGCGUGCCCCCGCCUGGCCCGAGCAGCAAUCUGUCUGAGCGCGCUCUCUCCUUCCCUUCAAUGUCCGGACUGUCACUGAGCUCCGAGAAUGGGACGAGCAAUGGAGACACGGGCAAGAAGGCGAGCCCGAAUUUGACCAGGAGCAGGAGCGCGAGCACGAAUGGAGCAAUGCUGAAUGGGGGAAGUGGCGGGGGUGGGACGGGGAAUGGAGUGCUGCCCUUCAAUCCCAAGGGCGGCGGGCUGAACAGGAGCAUGUCGUUCAGCGGGGCGGAAAAGGGAUCCAUUGCGCAGAAAUACUCCAAAGGGAGGGGAGGCAUGGGCGAGGGGGUGAUGGAUUCGCUGAUUGCGCAGCUGGUGUUCGCUCAGGAGAAGCCCACAGUGCUGGCCGACAUGAUUUUCAGCCCGUCCAAAGGCAGCAACUCGCUGCGAGGUUCCAGAGGCCUUUUCGCGUAUGCCAGAGAUUUGGUCGAGCGGAUUCUGCUGGCCCAAGUGCACGCCAUGGCCCCCUCGUUCAAGGAGAUGGCCGUGAGGCUGGGUGAGUUGGAGAAGGAGACAUGGGAGGCCAAUGCGCACAAGAACGAGACCGAAGGUCCGACGAGAUUCCCCAACGAGGGCUACCAGCUGCUCCGCCUCCAGAACCAGUUCGUUGAGGCCGGUCUCGAGACCUUCGACAUGAUCUGCAGAAUUCGGAAGCAAUUCCCGUCUCUGCUCAUGGGCGAAGAUGGGUUCGCCAGCACUGGUCUUCUGCGCAUCGCCUUGUUCGGCGGAGGACCAGGAUGCGAGGCGCUGGGCUUGAGGUUGUUUUUCAUGCGGCUCUUGCCCAACUUGCAAAUGCAGGUCGACAUCUUCAACCGUCGAGAGAGAUGGAAGGACAUCGUCGAGAGCAUUUCUUUCAAAGGCAUCGGCUACAUGACUGUAGAUUUAUUCGAUUUAGUGUACCACCCGACCGGGCUUCGAUCCUACCGACUGCUCGUGUUUUUAGACAGCUUGGGGGAUGGCGUCCAGAGGCGGACGAGCAGCAAAGGCCAGAAGUUCAACUGGGAGGAGUUUUGGAGCAACCUCUACCGCAACACCCACGCUAUGGUGGUGGUGAUAAUUCACGAAAAGAGCUGCCCUUGGGAGGAGAUGAAACCCAGGAAGGGCUCGUACUGGUGGUGUUCUGCACUGGCCGAGCAAGACCAAGUGCACGUCGCUAGAAAAAUGUAAUCUUGAGAGAGGAGAAUUCUGUCGAUCAAAUUCUCGUCAGCUGUGGAGGCACAUUCACGUCAUUCCACCUCCGUCAGGAAGGGAUUUUCUCUCUUGAUGGACGAGCCGAUCGAGCUUUUCCAUGGACUGGCAUGCAGGUCAGUCGGUUAUUGCAGAGUGUAGGGGACGGUGCACCACCUGGCUGAGCUCAGAUCCGCUGACGCUGUGCUGAACUUUCUUCACGCACCUGUUGCGUGCAACACGUUAAUCAAGCUGUAGAGAAGGGGCACGAUUCUAGGCCCGGCAUCUUUCUGUUUCCUCUGUUUCAUCUUCCCUCUUUCUCUGCUCUACUAGUAUAGAUUAUUUGGGAGCGAUCGCAAUGUGUCAUAAGUAUGAUAGAGUUGAGUAUUUCGUCCAGCUUGAUGAUUGAUCGACUUGGUGAAGCUUCCCUGAUUGAUAUAAAGGCAUGAAUUGCCUCACGUGGUGACCUUUAUUGUACAAUGAGUGGAGAUUGAGCGAUCCAGCAGAGCAGCAGCCACAGGAGAAGUAUGUACAGAAACAAGAAUAAGUAGAGGCAGCCAAACAUCAGCCAGCCUCGCAGAAUUUUGACGCAAAUUAGGAGGGUACCAGUGUAUCGAUAUCAAAUUAUUGUUCCUGUAAUGGAUUCCAACGACAUUUGCCUGUGACACUGGCUUAUUAGCUGUGCUCAUUUUUGGACGAAAAGACUUUCGCAGUCCUGUAUCUCACUUCUCUAUUCAGCAUCUGGAGGAGCUUCGCUUUCCAGCUCGAGGCCCAGGCUGCUUCUUGGUCAAUCUGAGUGCCAGUCCUAAAUGACAUUUGCCAUCGCCUGUAAUUAAUCAGAAGAUAGUCAGCCGAGAGAUCUUACCAUGUUAAGCUCUCUCGUCUAGCAUAUUUGGAGAGCAGUCUUAAGUUCGCAUUGAACUGUUCGGAAUCCUCCUUCAUUCCAGCAACAGUACAAGGUUUGACUUUCCUGAGUUCACGCGCAUUGUUGCCGGGUAACUUCAAGAAUGAACAGCGUUGCCAUGUCGGGUUGCAGCGAGAAGUGUACAUCCUGUGGCCCAUGGCGGACGCUGGAUGCAAAAACAUGCUCCAUGGAUCGGAAGUGCAUUAAACUUGAGCCACUCAGUCAGGUUCCGGUGUGCUAAAUCGAGAAACAAGCUUCUGCAGGCAAUGAUGUACGUGGAGAUCAAUUAGCGAAGGCUGCUUUUGUCCUCUUGUGAAAUGACUGCAGACUGCACUGCGUGGGGAUAUUCACACAUUCGUCCGGUCUAGUUUCCCCUGCCCGCUCGAGUCUCGGUGUCCGUCUUUACCACCAACAUGGCCAUCUCUCAUGGCAACGUCGGUGAAAGUAGACCAGCUGUACGCCAGUUGAAUCGAUGACACCAACUGCGCGUACAUCAUGUGUCGUGAUCAUCUUUAUUACGUUGAAAGGACACUACUACCUAUGCACGAUUCAGUAGCCUACCUACCGCAGUGAAAGGUUUACCUCCAUGCUCUACUUUGAGGAGGGACCAAAGACAAUGUUGUCCAGAACGCUUUCUUCUCAGAAUCGACCUUCAACUUAUACUUGUUGUACCCAGAGUGAAUUCGACUGUCAGCUAUGCCCAGAUCGUACUAGACCAGCUAUGACGAACGCACCACCUACUUGUAACAUUCUAAGCUGCUCUUAUUCUGCAACAUCUGUGUUAAAGAUUUCUCAUAAAUUUCUGACAGUAAAUCGUUCGUCAGAUGAUCGAACUCCUUUCCUUCCUACAGGAACAAAAGAAAGUUUGAUGGGUUGGAAGACUAGUCACAGGAUGGAUUGGACUCCGGAGACGACCUCCGUCCACCCUCAUUAAUGAAUCGUGUACAGGAAUUGUGUCUUCGACGAUGUGGAGUGAGUCUCCCAGACACAGUAGACGGUGUUUUCUCCAUGUGUUGGAGCAAUAAAUUCGGGUCUUGCUUGUCGGAACUCUCUGUUUUCCGACUCCACAGCAAUGAUCAUGCUGUAAAUCGUAAAAAAUUCACUCAUUUGGUUUAGUAUUGGACAUGUCUCAAGGCCGCUGCAUUUUGAUCCAGCUCAUUUAGUGCUCUGUCUUUCGCCUGGUCAAGAGUCGUGCUCGAAGUGCUCUGGAAAGAAUUUGAAUGGCUUGUGCAAAUUGCGCGGUCAUCAGUUCGAGAGGCACUUGGCUUUCUUCCCAUCUCGUGCAGCUGCUUUCUCGCCAAAAAGCAUCUCUAGCGUCGUAGUUGCCAGACUGUCCCCCGGUUAACAGUUAUUUGAC